AUGGCGACCACACGCCUUCCUUUUCUAUACCCCAACUUCCUGCGCGCUGUGCGUGCGUGCGAGCCUACCACCUACCAUUCAGUCCGGGCCCCUCCAGCAGCUCCAGCAAAGCCUCGCCGGAAAGCGAAACUGCAUACCUCUGCUCGUCGGCCGCAAGACGCUUUCCCCCAGAGAUACGGCCCAGCUGCUUCCCAGAACCUCCCGCCUCCACCAAAAUCUUCAGGACCGUCGACUCCGCAGCAAGAAAGCAAGGAAAAAGACAAGGCAGAGGCAAAAGAGACCAAAGAAUCAUCCCAAUCGGGCUCUGUGAAAGAUGCACCAACGGCCGAAGAAGUCGGGCAAGAUGAGCCUCAAGCAUCCAAUGCUACAUCAGACUAUAUUGACGAAGCAUCAAUGACCAAGAAAAACCAUCAGAUCAAUGUAGAAGACGGCAAUCCUUUAGAUAACAAAGAACUCGACUUGAUACUCGCGGUCCCCUCGCCGUCGGAAGUCAAAGGCAAAGAUGCGCCCAAGCACCCACAUCUCGAGCCUUCUCCAUACGAGCAUCAUUUCGACACUUACUCGCUUGUCCAACAAUUAGCGGCCAAAGACGCCUAUACCGUCGACCAAGCCAUAACACUGAUGAAAGCCAUCCGCCUCAUGCUCUCACUGAAUCUCGACGUUGCCAAGGAAGGCCUUGUUUCCAAGUCCGACAUUGAAAACGAAUCCUAUCUGUUCCGCGCCGCCUGCUCCGAGUUGAAAACCACGCUGCAAACCACGCGACAUUCCGAGACGCUCAAGCAGCGCAGCCAACGGGCACAGUUGCAGCACGAGUAUGACAUCUUGAAUCAGAAAGCGACGCAAGAUCUGAUGACGCUCAAGGAAGAAUUGAAGGGGUUGUUCAAUGAUCGCAAACUGGGCCUGCAGGAGGACAAGCGCAAGAUCGAUAGCAAGAUUUCGGAACUGAACUAUGAAAUCACGGUCCUUCUGAACAGCGAGGCGAGGAGUGAGGUCGAGGGCUUGCGGUGGGUGUUGACCCGUCGCGCGGCGCUGGCGAUCGGGUUCUGUGCUUGUAAGUUGCGGCCUCCUAACUUCUCCCCCAAAUUACUCGCUGUUCGAACCUUUUCACUCACAAUGCUGCUCUUUCAAGUCAUGAUCAUAUCGGCCCUCAAUUACUCCUCGAUCAAGAUGCGCGAGAAAGAAGAGGCGGAGAAGAAGCGCAAGGCCGCGGAGAAGGCACAGGAGGAACGUGAGCAGCAGUUCCAGCGCGAGCAGUCUAAAUAUCCCGGCCUGAGUCGGGCCCAAGGGACGCAAACAGAGGGCGUCGCAGCAGUUGCCAAUGAGAGCCUGGGCUGA